UUCAAAAGUAAAAUUGGAAAACCCUUAAAUUCGCACGCACACACGUGCCAGGUCAAUACGCACACCUCAACACUAACCCCCCCCUUCGGCUCCGUUCCAUUUUGUGGCUUUCUCUCGUAAUUUCCUGAAAACAAGAUCGCAAUCAAAAUUUACGUAUACAGGGCGUGACCUUUGAUCACAAAGAGAACACAACCUCUCAAACCAAAACGGCGACGAUGUGGAGAAGAUCCCUCUCCUCACACCUUAAAACCCUAGCCGCCUCCUCCUCUUCCCGAACUACUUCCGCCGCCGCUUCGCGGUUCGCUUCCCCUAAGCAUCGAUCUUUCCUUUCACCCUCGCCUUCCGCUUCUAUCUUUCAACGCUAUUUCACUGCCGAAGCAGCGGAUGGCGCUGUGAAAAGGAGGGUUGAGGAUGCGAUGCCUAUUGCUACCGGGCAUGAGAGGGAGGAGCUUGAAGCUGAGCUUCAGGGAAGAGAUAUUCUUGAAAUUAACCAUCCAGUUGGUCCCUUUGGCACAAAGGAAGCACCAGCUGUUGUGAAGUCCUACUAUGACAAGAGACUUGUUGGUUGCCCUGGAGGUGAAGGAGAGGAUGAGCAUGAUGUCAUUUGGUUUUGGCUGAAGAAAGGCAAGCCACAUGAAUGUCCAGUGUGCACGCAGUACUUUGUGCUGGAAGUAGUGGGCCCUGGUGGACCUCCAGAUGGACAUGGUGAUGAUGAAGAAGAUCAUCACUAGUUGCAGCUAUUUCAGUUUUCCUUUGGGAAUAAACUUUGGGAAGAUGAUGAGACAGUAUAGAAAAGCAGUGUCGAAGUGCGAAAGCUUAAAUGUCUUGUUUAUUUUUGAUUGGUCCCUUGUCUUUGUGGCCGUUGCUUUAGCAACAAACAGGAUGAUGGUAUCUUUUCUCUUCUUUUUGUUAUUUCUUUUGGUGGUAUGUAGACACAUACUGGUCAUCAGAUGGAACCAUGGAUCUUAUUGAGUUGUCUUUGAUGCAAUUGCCAAAUAAUUGAUGGCUACACUUCUAUUCUUUCAUGAAA